GAUGACAACAUCCUCUGCUGACGUCCUGAUUGGCUAGUUUUCACUGGCAAUAUCUUCAGCACCUGUCGAAUUUGCCCCAUAUAGCCUAAGCGUAGUGGGUCACUUUCUUGUAGGAAGGCAGCAGUUUUAUGCCCUUUUUUAUCUCAACCUCGAAACCAAUAUGUAUUUCCACCAAAGUGAUUACAGUUUUUUGGAAAUUAUAUCAUAAUUUUAUGCUUUUGUUUUAUUGUUAAAUGCGUUUGCACGCUGUAAAAUCGUCUGCAUUUUGGUUACAGUAUUCUUCUAUUGUGUGAUUGAUUGACCGUAGUCGCUUUGUUCUGUUGCAUCAUUGAUUGUGAUUGAUCGCUCACGGCGCGCGCGUUUGUAGCCUACGUGACGAAAGACGACUGGAUUAACUGGAUUCAUCGACCAACUUUAAAAUCGAUGUUUGGGAAUGUGAAACAGACAGAUUAUGUAAAGGCUCUUUUCAGCACCUUGGUUAGUUCCUCUGGGGAGAAACUCGGACCAUAUGGCAAAGACAGAUAUGAAUUUCGGUUAUUUUCUAUUCUUAACAUAUUCCCGUGUGAGUUAGAAGCUUAUUUUUAACGACAAGGUCUCUGGACUGGAUUGAUAACCAUCACAUGAGGUCGAAGUUUUGGGAACAACUGGAAUUUCAAGAUGAUGAUAACGCGCUACAGACCGAGACCCGAUACCACCAUGUCCUUGGCUUUCUGUGGCAAAGACAACAACUCGGCCGCAUACAAUGUGGAUGCCGGUGUCCUCAACAACGGCUGCUUUCUGGACGCCCUCACAGUGGUGCCCCACGUCUUCCUGCUCUUCAUCACCUUUCCUAUCCUCUUCAUCGGUUGGGGGAGUCAGAGCUCCAAGGUGCACAUCCAUCACAGCACUUGGCUGCAUUUCCCUGGACACAACCUCCGCUGGAUCCUCACCUUCAUCCUGCUCUUUGUCAUCGUGUGUGAAAUAGCCGAGGGCAUCGUGUCCGAUGGGUUUAAUCAGUCCGUCCACUUGCACCUCUAUAUGCCAUCAUGUUUGGCCUUCAUGGCUGCCAUCACAUCAAUCAUCUACUACCACAACAUAGAGACAUCCAACUUCCCCAAACUUCUGAUAACUUUGCUCAUUUACUGGGUUCUGGCAUUUGUCUCCAAAACAAUCAAGUUUGCCAAGUAUACGGAGCAUGGGAUCGGCCUGAGACAGCUGCGGUUCGGGAUCACGGGCUUACUGACCCUGCUAUAUGGUUUACUUUUGGCCGUGGAGAUCAACGUCAUCACAACGAGGAGAUAUAUGUGUUUUGCAUAUGCCCCUGAAGUGAAGCCCCCUGAGGAUUUACAGGACCUGGGUGUUCGGUUCCUGCAGCCGUUUGUAAACCUUCUGUCGAAAAGCACAUACUGGUGGAUGAACACCUUCAUCACUUCAGCACACAGACGCCCCAUCGAUCUGAAGGUCAUUGGCAGGCUACCAAUCGCUAUGAGAGCUCUAACGAACUACCUGAAGCUCCGCGAGGCCUUUGAAUCCCAGAAGAGGCCCCAAAGCUCUCAUCCGCAGGGGUCCAAGUGGAUCUGGACGGCUCUGCGACAGGCUUUCGGAAGACCUCUUCUCCUCAGCAUCACCUUCCGUUUCUUGGCGGAUCUUCUUGGCUUUACCGGACCGCUCUGCAUCUCAGGCAUCGUGCACCAUCUCAGUAAAGAGAACCACACCAUUCAGCCACCGGUGAAGCAUCUUGGAAUGUACUUCAUCUCCUCCCAGGAGUUCCUCGCCAAUGCUUACGUCCUAGCCGUGCUCCUGUUCUUCGCCCUGCUCCUCCAGAGAACUUUCCUCCAGGCCUCCUACUACGUUGCCAUCGAGACUGGAAUCAACUUGAGAGGAGCCAUACAGACAAAGAUCUUCAAUAAAAUAAUGCGUCUCUGCACCUCCAACAUGUCCAUGGGGGGAAUGACGGUGGGCCAGAUUUGCAACCUCGUCGCCAUAGACACUAACCAACUGAUGUGGUUCUUCUUCCUGUGUCCCAACCUGUUCGCAAUGCCAGUUCAGAUCAUAGUGGGAAUCAUCCUCCUUUACUACCUCCUGGGAAUAAGUGCCUUGAUAGGGGCCACGGUCAUCACCCUUCUGGCUCCUGUGCAGUACUUUGUGGCCACCAAGUUAUCAGAUGCACAGAAAAGCACAUUGGAGUAUUCCAGCGAGAGGCUGAAGAAGACCAAUGAAUUGCUGCGGGGAAUCAAACUCUUGAAGCUGUAUGCCUGGGAACACAUCUUCUGCUCAAGCGUGGAGGAGACCCGGGGCAAGGAGCUCACCAGCCUGCAGAAUUUUGCCCUGUACACCUCCAUAUCCAUAUUUAUGAACACAGCCAUUCCCAUUGCAGCGGUUCUCGUUACAUUCGUGGCCCAUGUGCAUCUGUCAGAUGAUGCGGACCUGUCCCCCGCUGUGGCCUUCGCCUCCCUUUCACUCUUCCAUAUCCUGGUCACUCCUCUAUUCCUGCUGUCCAGUGUCGUGCGCUCUACCGUCAAAGCCCUGGUCAGUGUUCAGAAGCUCAGCGAGUUUUUCUCCUGUGAUGAGAUUGGAGAUGAACAUGAGCCCAGAGCAACUAUCCUACUCAAUUCAACCAAUCACAAGUAUCAAGCCCUGCCUCUGAAGGUGGUGAACCGUAAGCACCCAGUCAGAGAGGACUGGAACAGCUUUGCCCUUCAGAGCGAGCAAGAGGACGAGCCACUGGCUGUGGAGGAAGAUAUCUGCAUCAAGAUAACAAGUGGAUAUUUCAGCUGGAUUGAUGGAACCCCAACGUUGUCCAAUGUGGAUAUUAAGAUUCCUUUUGGCCAGUUAACUAUGAUAGUGGGCCAGGUGGGUUGUGGGAAAUCAUCUCUUUUGCUGGCUGCACUCGGCGAGAUGCAGAAGAUCUCUGGCACAGUUAUAUGGAACAGACUGCCCACUUUGGAUGGAGAGGGAAGUGAAAGCCCCACAGAUGCAGCUGCAGAGGGGGAUAUCAGGAAAAGAGGUGCUGUGGCAUACGCUUCCCAGAAGCCCUGGCUCCUAAACACCACACUAGCGGAGAACAUCACUUUUGAGAUGCCUUUAAUAAAGCAAAGGUACAAAGCAGUAAUUGAAGCAUGUUCUCUCCAGCCGGACAUUGACAUCCUGCCCCAAGGGGACCAGACAGAGAUCGGAGAGCGGGGCAUUAUUCUUUCUGGAGGCCAGAGGCAACGAAUCAGUGUAGCUCGAGCUCUUUAUCAAACUACCAAUGUGGUGUUUUUGGAUGAUCCUUUCUCAGCACUGGAUAUUCACCUGAGUGAUCACCUGAUGCAGGAGGGUAUUCUUAAACUACUGAGAGAGGAGAAGAGAACGGUGGUGCUCGUGACACACAAACUGCAGUAUCUCCCUCACGCAGACUGGAUCAUUGCGAUGAAAGAUGGCAGCAUACAAGCAGAAGGAACCCUGAAGGACAUCCAAAACUCUCAGCCUGAGCUAUUCGAGCAGUGGAAGACUCUGAUGCACAGACAAGACAAAGAAUUUGAGAAGGAGACAGUAGAUGAGAAUAUGACGGUCCUGGAAAGAAAAAACUUGAGGCGAGCCAUGUACUCCAGAGAGGCUUUAAAAACUGAAGAGGAAGUAGAAGAAGAGUCUGUGGAGAGCGAUGAUGAAGAUAACAUGUCUCGAGUGAUGAGGCACAGAGCCACCAUUCCCUGGAGAUCCUGUGGGACGUACCUGAGCUCUGCAGGCCUCCUCCUGCUUCUCCUGCUCCUGCUGUCCCAGCUCCUCAAACACUCCUUUUUGGUGGCCAUCGACUACUGGCUUGCUUACUGGACGUCCAAAGUCAUCACAGCCAAAAUCGACGCAGCUGCACACAACUGCUCUUUAGUGCAGGACGUUGGUUUCAGUCACUCGUCAUACCUGCUGGUGUUCAGCCUGCUUUGCUGUCUGGGUAUCGUGCUGUGUCUGGCCACAUCAGUGGCCGUGGAGUGGACAGGCUUGCGGGUGGCCAAAGAACUGCACCACAAUCUGCUGAAUAAUAUUAUUCUUGCCCCAAUGAGGCUCUUUGAAACCACUCCUUUAGGAAGCAUAGUAAACCGUUUCUCUUCCGAUACCAAUACGAUAGAUCAGCACAUUCCCGCUACCCUGGAGUGUUUGAGUCGCUCCACGCUGCUGUGUGUGUCGGCUCUGGGUGUGAUCUCAUACGUCACGCCGGUUUUCCUCAUUGUACUAGUACCACUGGCCAUCACCUGCUACUUCAUACAGAAAUACUUCAGAGUUGCAUCAAAAGAUCUCCAGCAGCUAGAAGACAGCACACAGCUUCCUCUGCUCUCACACUUCUCUGAGACAGUAGAGGGGCUCACAACCAUCAGAGCGUUCAGGUAUGAGCCUAGAUUCAGACAGAGACUUCUACAGUUCACAGAUGCCAAUAACAUGGCCUCUCUCUUCCUCACAGCGGCGAACCGCUGGCUGGAGGUUCGAAUGGAGUACAUUGGGGCCUGCAUUGUCCUAAUAGCAGCUGUGGCCUCCAUCACAAACUCCCAGUACAAUCAUCUGUCCACUGGGCUGGUGGGGCUGGGACUCACAUACGCCCUCAUGGUGUCCAAUUACCUGAACUGGAUGGUUCGUAAUCUGGCAGACAUGGAGGUGCAGCUGGGAGCUGUGAAGAGAAUAAAAGCUCUGCUGAAGACAGAACCUGAAAGCUACGAGGGUCUGCUGUCUGCAUCACAGCUUCCAGAAGGCUGGCCUCAGCGGGGUGAGAUUCAGAUCCAGAAUCUGAGCGUGAGGUACGACAGCACCUUGAAGCCUGUGCUCAAACAGGUCAAUGCUCACAUCAGCCCAGGACAAAAGCUUGGAAUCUGUGGUAGAACAGGAAGUGGCAAGUCAUCCUUCUCAUUGGCCUUUUUCCGGAUGGUGGACACGUUUGAAGGGCGAAUAAUCAUUGAUGACAUCGAUAUAGCAAAGCUGCCUCUUCAGACGCUGAGGUCGCGCUUCUCUAUUAUUCUACAAGAUCCCUUCUUAUUCAGCGGAACCAUCCGUUUUAAUCUAGAUCCAGAGAUGAAGGCCACAGACAGCAUGUUGUGGGAGGCAUUAGAAAUCGCACAACUCAAACCAGUAGUUAAAACCCUGCCUGGAGGACUAGAUGCCAUAAUAACUGAAGGUGGGGAGAACUUCAGCCAGGGGCAACGUCAGCUGUUCUGUCUGGCGCGCGCAUUUGUGCGGAAGAGCAGUAUUCUGAUUAUGGACGAGGCCACUGCUUCCAUAGACAUGGCUACGGAGAGCAUUCUACAGAAGGUUGUGAUGACUGCCUUCGCCGACAGAACUGUUGUCACCAUCGCUCAUCGUGUGCACACCAUCCUGAAUGCAGACCUGGUGAUUGUGAUGAAGAGAGGAGUCAUUCUGGAGUUUGAUAAACCAGAGGUUCUCCUGAAUCAAGAGGACAGCGUGUUUGCGUCGUUCGUGCGAGCGGAUAAAUGAGCCCCGAGACCCUCUAUUGAAAGUGCAAUUGUAUCAUGAAUAAUAAAUUAUUUAUUACUGUAAUUAUCAUCAUCACAUUUGUAAAUAAAAUGUUAAUCAUUUAUUAAUAAAAAUAUAUAA